AUGAAGAAAAUGGCUCUUGAAAAUGUCUCUUUUGUGAAUGAAUUCAUUCUGAUGGGGUUAACAGACCAGCCAGAUCUCCAACUCCCACUCUUCUUCCUGUUUUUACUAAUAUAUAUGAUCACUGCAUUGGGAAAUCUGGGAUUAGUAACUUUAAUUGGACUUAAUUCACACCUUCACACUCCCAUGUACUUUUUUCUAUUCAACUUGUCCUUUAUUGACCUCUGUUACUCUUCUGUGUUUACACCCAAAAUGCUCAUGAACUUUGUAUUAAAGAAGAAUGCUAUCUCUUAUACAAGAUGCAUGACCCAGCUUUAUUUUUACAGCUUUUUUAUUAUUUCUGAGUGCUAUGUGUUGAUGGUAAUGGCCUAUGAUCGUUAUGUGGCCAUCUGUAAUCCACUGUUGUACAACGCUGCCAUGUCUCCUAGAAUGUGUUGCAAUCUUAUGCUUGGUUCAUACCUGAUAGCAUUUUCUGGUGCCAUGGCCCACACAGCAUGCAUGCUGAGACUGACCUUCUGUGAUACAAACACCAUCAACCACUAUUUCUGCGACAUUCUCCCUGUGAUGCAGCUCUCCUGCACCAGCACCUACAUCAAUGAAUUGGAGGUUUUCAUUGUGGUGGGGAUCAACAUCUUUGUGCCCACUGUCACUAUCUUCAUCUCUUAUGGUUUCAUCAUCUUUACUGUGUUUAACAUCAACUCCACUGAGGGUAGAUCCAAAGCCUUCAGCACCUGCAGUUCUCACAUAGUUGCUGUUUCUCUCUUCUUUGGGUCAGGUGCAUUCAUGUAUCUGAAGCCAUCAUCUGCUGGGUCUAUGGAUGAGGUAAAAAUCUCUUCUGUCUUUUACACCAAUGUGGCUCCCAUGAUGAAUCCUUUAAUUUAUAGUCUGAGGAACAAAGAUGUUAAAGUAGCCCUGAGAAAAUCCUUGACCAGGAGAAAGUUUUGA